UGGCAGCAAUCGGAAAAUUUCCUUCGUAGAGUUUUGCUCAGUCAUUGUGGCGCAGGUGGCCUGUAAACCUUGCUGUAAACUGUACUAGAUGUGACUGGGUGCGUGCGCCGGCAUUUUCAUCUCUGAUCUUUGUAGGCUCUGUGGAUAAGGAAGCAUGUCUCGCGGAAGCAGCGCAGGAUUUGAUCGCCACAUUACUAUAUUUUCUCCUGAGGGUAGGCUCUACCAAGUAGAGUAUGCCUUCAAGGCUGUCAACCAGGGAGGCCUCACUUCCAUAGCCCUCAAGGGAGAAGACACCGCCGUUGCUGUCACACAGAAGAAGGUCCCGGACAAGCUGUUCGAUGCCUCUACCAUCACGCACAUGUUCAAGAUUACCAAGCACGUCGGCUGUGUGAUGACCGGAAUGACAGCCGACUCAAGGGCCAUGGUGCAGCGGGCGCGCAUCGAGGCGGCCAACUGGCGCUACAAGUACGGCCACGACAUCCCCGUGGACAUGCUCUGCAAGCGCAUGGCCGACAUAUCGCAGGUGUACACACAGAACGCCGAGCUACGCCCGCUGGGCUGCUGCAUGACGCUGAUCGCCUACGACGACGAGCUGGGACCGUGCGUGUACAAGGCGGACCCGGCCGGCUACUUCUGCGGCUUCCGCGCCUGCAGUGUCGGCGUCAAGCAGACCGAGGCCAACGCCUUCCUCGAGAAGAAGCUCAAGAAGAAGACGGACUUUGACCACACAGAGGCCAUUCAUCUGGCUAUCACGGCGCUCUCGUCCGUGCUGUCGGCCGACUUCAAGCCCACGGAGAUCGAGGUAGCCGUCGUCUCCAAAGAUCAGCCCGAGUUCAGGACGCUGACAGAGGCAGAGAUCGACGCGCACCUGACGACCAUCGCCCAGAACGACUGAGCGGGCUGACUGCCGACCGCGCCGCGCUCGUCUCACCUCAAUACACUGUUCUGUUCUGGC